UUAUAUUUGGUCAAUUUAGCUGGUUUAGAAAAGAUUUCAAAAACAUGGGUACAAGUUUUAAUUCUAGACAAAGUUAAAAUGAUUAUUAAAUCAUGGUUAUCAUUGAGCAAUGCAAUCAACUCAUUGACUCACAGUAACUUUGCACAUAUAUACAGAGAAUCAAAGUUAACUCGUGUUCUGCAAGAGUUAUUGGGUGGUAACGGAAGAACUACAUAA